AUGACAAUUGUAGAACUUAGACAAAUAUUGAUUGCACAACGACGAAUAGAAGAGGAAAAUCAUGCGAACUUGAUACGUCAGAAUGAAGAUUUGAGAGAAGAGAACCUUAAACUACAAGAACAUAGAUCAAGAAGCACUACACGAUCAAGAUCUAGGACAAACAGAAGUUCAUCAAAACGAAGUCAAUCUAACCAAGGAGGUGCUAGGAGAGAACAACCUUUAGAUAAUAUUGAUGAGAACUUACAGGUAGGUGAUAACUUACAAGAUCAACGCGAGGAGAGACGCAUAGAAUAUGAUCGAUACGAACAACCGCGUGAGCAUCAUCACCAACAAGAAGGCCAAAGGAAUAACAAACGUCAAAAUCUAGGCGAACGACAUCGCACACAUUAUGAGACAGAUAAUGAUGAAGAAAAUGAUCCAGAACAACGGAGAAUUCUAUUGCAUGACAGAGAAAUAUUGAGAGAUCAAUAUGCACGCGAAGAAGAGGAUGGAAGACAUAAUGAUAUUCGUGAACGCAUGAGAGAUGAAAGACAAAGGCGUAGGCGAAGAAGAGAAGAAGAUGAAGAGAGAGAGAUCCAAAAAGCCAUGUGA